AUGACUACUGCUGCUAAGAUUCUGAUGGCAUCACACAAAGUAAUUCUGCUUCUGUCGAAACUCUCUCUUCUUCUUCUUUGUUGUCUUCUUUCUGCGACGACCCCGAACUUCGGGGGGGUUUUCGCCGAACAGGAGUUACGUUUACCGAUCGGAAAAGAGUUCGAACUUUUGUGCGAGUUGGAAGAUUUCGAGAAAGCGAACGAGGUUGCACGAAAACUGGCGAGAGAAGUCAUCGAACGAGGAGGAAACAGAGGAAACAACUUUUAUAACGUUCGCGCGCGAGAAAGCGGGCGCUUGAGAUUUACGCACGAUACUUCUGAGUAUGGUUUAGAAGAGACGAUGAAUAGCGAGAGUUUGAUGCAACGCACGGCGAAUACGGGGAACCCAGGAGUGAUGUACGCGAGAGUGGAAAACGUAAACGUGAACAAUCAAAAUUGGCCGUAUUUUCAGUUCGGUAAAAGAGACGCGACGAUGAGUAUCAUGUGCGCGCCACCAUCGUCUGCGAAAUACUAUUCGUACGUGACGUACGUUUGGAGGAAGACCUUUGGUGCUUUGGGUUUGCGUUCGCUGCGACAAACCGUCUCCGCGCAAGCGAGUUCGUCACCGGUGAAUAACAAGAAUGUUCGAGGGUCGCGAGCGUUUCGACGCGCGCUCGUUAUUAUAAGCACGGCUUCCUCGAAGACGUUUCAUGAUUUGAAAGAAGUGCUUGAAAAUACUGGCAUUGCGUCAACGUCCAUUGAACUCGAAGCGCUUCGAUACGACGAAUUGAAUUUCCUUCCGUCAAUAAUCGCGGAUGAUUUGACGACGAGCUUUCGAGUCGGGAUUUGGCCGUUGAAAGGCGCCGAGGCACUCGGCGUGUACGCCAGAUACGAAUGGCCGGCGAUGAUUGUUCGUGGUCGCGAGCCAGCACGCGCAGCGAACAGUGGUGGUAAUUCUCUUUUGAAUUUGUUAUCGUUAGCAACGAUAUCGCGACCGACGACGAGGCAACAACAACCAGAAGAAGAUGAAGAUGAAAGACAACAUCCAGACGUGUUUUACUCCAAAGAGUAUCUGCCGAUGCGCGGGCCAAACGACGCUUUAUUCCCGUCGUCGUUUUUAAACGACGAAGAAAAAGAUUCGCAAUCAAAAAUCUAUCAUCGCGCGAUGAAACAGAAAACUUCGUUAAAUGCCGCCGCCGAUGAGUUUCAAUCAAAACUUACGAACGCGUUCGGUAACGCGAAUAAAUUCGCUUUGGAAAGAGUCGUAGUCAACGACGGCGCGAAAUGCUUGAGUGAUCCUUCUUAUCAGCCGUUUUCUCUUCCUGGCGUUAACGUGCGCUCGGGUUGUUUUGGUUCCACAGCGGACGCCGCCUACAGCCUGAGCGAAAAGCUCGUGAACAAUUUGGGCGAGCUUUCGGAUGGAAACAUCGUCGCCGAUGCCAGCGCAUUAACCAAAGAGUCGCAGGACUUUAUCGUUCUCGUUUUCGGCGAAAACGCAGUACACGACGGAAGAGCGACUUUUUUCAACGUCGCGGCGUACACCACGGGCGAUCCCGUUUCCAGCCGACUGACCGACCGAUCUGCGCUCUUCGUGUCCAUCGUCGCCUCGUUAGACGACCGUUCUUUCGACGAGAGCGCUUCGUCUCCUUCCUAUUACUCUGCCGCGUUUGCAACGUCCGAACGAGCCUGUUCUAAACUGAAGAGCGCUUCGAUAAAAUCGCCGUGCGCGGUUAUGCUCGAGAGAAACUUUGGAAACGUCUUUUUGAUCGAGCGCGUGUACUUAGAUCCAAAAACUGCCACGGCGCCUAAAGAUAUCGCCAAAACGCGCGCGUUCGUCGUUAAAGUAUAA